CUGAGACCUCGAAUCGGGAAUCUAUCCUCUUAAUCUUGCUCACCAGGAGACGACGUCAAUGUUCAGAUAUCAUGAUUGAUUGAGUUCAGUCAUACGAUACACUGCCCCUCUUCACCCCCAUAUCUUGUCGCUUCAAUGGCAGUCGCAACGACUCUAUCACCAACAAGACUCUCCGUGGACAAAACAGGCCCUGACAAUGGCCGUCAUCACUCAACAAACUACAGGCGGAUCAGAUGGCGAGAGUAUGAACCGAAAAUAAAGACUUCACCGUCAGGAGCAGACCCGUUUGUGGUCUGGACACCACCAGUCACACCUGGCAAUACCACAGAUCAGGAAAAGUUGACUAAAUCCAGGAUCAAAUACCGCACAUCAUCCUUGGAACCCGUAAGUUUCAAGCGACAGCCCGUCCAGCGCCUCUCAAUCCCAUCACCACUCUCGCCUUUGCCCUGCAAUGCCACCAGGGCCGACCCCUUCACUAACUUGCCCAUCAAACGAACUCGUUGCGUCGAGCAGAGCCUGGAUUAUUUCGUCACCAUCUGCCAUGGCCUCCAUGGAGAAAACUCGUCUGCUGACCACAACGCACACCUCUCACUCCUUUUACCAUUUACGUUCCAGCACGCAGUUCUCUUCGAGUCUCUUAUCGCCGUAUGUCGAGCAUCAGUCCUUGUUUCUCUCGGACAGUCGGCUUUUGAAGACAAAGCAUUUAUCCACCAUCGCGGCCAGGCCAUGGCGGGACUCAACUCCAGACUCGGAUCAAAACGUCGCACCGACGAUGCUGCCUUGUUGACUGCAGUCUUGUUGAUGACGCUCGAAUAUCUCAUUGGCAACACCGAGGGUGUCAUGAUGCACUCAAAAGGGUUACACCAAAUGCUCCGAGUCCGUGGUAAUCGACCGGUGGAUGACGAAUCCGAACUCUCGUCCCCCUGGGCGACAUUCGUGGAGACAGGACUGGUCGCCUACAAGGCGCUCGGGUCCUUUGUGACAGGCGAGGCACCUGAUCUACCAUACUCGUCCAUGGGGUUUGCGGGAGAAACUUUCGAAGAGCUCGACCUCAUGAGACCUCUCUCGUACCCCCAAAAGCCAUUCUCAGACGGCUUCUGUAUCAUUUUGGCAAGGUUACCUGCCGGGUUUUCAGCAUUCUGCUUGACGAGGGACGUCUCGGAGCAAAUGGUCAACAUCAUUGCAUCGAUUCACGGGGCACUUCAGACGAGGUCAACGAACGACUCAGCACUCCCACUCCCAUCCCCACUCACCUCUCCUAUGGACCCUGCGGGAAACGAGCACAUUCGACGUCAGAUGGUCAUUCAAAAUCUAUUAUCCGCGCUCCAGCGGAUGAGUUUGAUGAAACCCCAACAGUUUGAAAUCUACAUAUCAUUCGGUCUGGUGGCCUUCCUCCAUCAAUUCCGCCGACUAGCCCCGCUCAAUCUAUUCUGCGAUCCCAUACUACGAGAGUUCGUCACCAUUCUCCCUCAGCACUCGAAACCCAGCUCGCCAGAAGAACAACAUGCUUUAAUAUGGACUAGCAUGUCAGUCGCCGGCGUAUUGGCUCUCCGUAUCGCGCCUCUCCCUGACUCACAUACCGUCAUGGAUCGCGCAUUGGACCUGUAUCCGGAAGCACGGCAAUGGGAACCAUUAGAGAAGAUCCUGCAGACGUUCUUCUGGACACCGGAAAUUGGAUGUCAUUGGCGAAAGAUUUGGGAUGUCGCCAUGGCGAGGAGGGAAAAAUUGCUUUCACGUGGUAGUACAGCAGAUGUCGCAGCUGAUUACCUUGUCGAGACGGUACAACCCCCAUCUACGGAUUGGAUACAGCCGCCGGCUACGGAUUGGAUACAGGAUCACAUCAAGGGGGCACCACGCCAUAUGCGGGAAAUGGGUCAAGCAUUGGGUAUAUGUCCGUUUCGUCCACUGCCUCGGGAAAAACAUGGUUAAUAGGCAGGACGGGAGGUGUGGAAUUGUGAAAUAGAAAAGGGUCGAUUCGCCCAACAGGUAUUGGCCAUUGUAUGUCUUGUAAGCCAGGAAGAGCCAAUUCUUUUGAUAUAUGAAAUUUUGUACAAGAGUUGCCCUGCUGU